UGCCCUCAAUACAGUAAAUACUACACCUGCACGCUGUGCUUCCGCUAAGCAACACUUCCGACCCGACUGAAAAUGGUGUUCCAGUUAGAUGAGCAACGACAUCGGCAUUCAUUGAGUAUGCCGGCAAUAGCGGGAUAAACAAUAGCUCCCCCGUAAAUCGCGAGCCACGAUUGAGUCAAUGUUUAUCAUUGUGUCUGUGACCAAUAAUAACAAUGCGCGACAAUCGGCCGUUGCCAUGACAAUCGUGCAAACCAGAUGGGGGAUUGUGUUUGUAUUAUAGCACAUGGGAAAGCACAGUAGCGCUUAAGCUUCCCAGUGGUUAUCAGUUGUUCGGUAUUCGUUUUAAAGCGCGUUGUCAGUACGCAGUACGGAUGGUUAUUACCAUUUACUUACACGAAAAUAUGCUGUUGCAUGCAUUUGUACAUAGAGUGAAUCAUCAAGAGUGUUAAUAGGCUGAGUUAAGAAUGUCUUCUUUCGGAAUCUUAUCAAAAAUUUCAUUACUUCUGCUGAUGCUCUUCGUGGCAUCUCUGCUGUGUGUGCUCUCUUUACCAGCUUUGGAGAAUUCGUUUCGCUGCAGGGCUAUAGAUGAUUGCGAUCCUUUUCUGCCAAUCUGCGCCACAUAUUCAAAUGAGCACCAGUUUUUUUACAGCCACUGUGACAUGUUGCGUGAGAUAUGCCUAACCGGCAAAGAUUGGAAAUCGGACUAUUUUAGCCAUUGCAAUGUAAGCAAACUCUAAAAACAUCACGUUAACUGAAUGCUAGCAUAAAGCUUAACACUUCAACAUUUGCAAAAUAAAUAUUUUACAAGACUGAUAUUUUAUAGAUAACUAUAUAUAAAUAAAAGGAUAUUUAGCAUAAGGGGUUUUUAAAUUCUCUACAUGCAAGUUAAAAGAAAUAUGGAUAACUUUCAGAUGUCCCAAAUAUAAGUACAUGAUUUAAUUAGCGGCGUAAAAUUAAAAUUCCCACUUUUGGCUUUGACACACAUAUUUGUAU